AGAUGUGGAUGAGUGUGUGACGGGUCAGGCCUCGUGUCCCAGGUUUCGUAAGUGUGUGAACACGUUCGGUAGUUACGUCUGCAGGUGCCAUGAAGGCUUUGAGCUGCGGCACAUCAACGGAAAAUACCACUGCACAGAUAAAAAGUUUUCGUCUAUUUGCUAUGACAAGCCCGGACACAAGAGAUGCAAGUGCACAGCGAGUGUGAAUGGAAAGGGUCACGACUGCAGAUCUGUUGUUAAAGUCACCAUUGAGCCUGCAAGACCAAUCACAGUCAGCCCCACAACCAUCUCCACGGCAACAACUCCCAUGACAACUACAACGACAACAACUACAGCCACUCCUAGCACUACUGUUACCAUAGCAACCUCUGUUCCGACAAGUGCUGCCUUGACGACAGUAACACCAACGACUGUUGCUAUAACAACAACAGCGUCAACUACAACAGCCUUCACAACUGUUGCUACGACAACAAGUCCAACUACCACGUCCACAUCACCGGCAUCGACAACUACAGACAGGUUUCCAACGACAACCAGUGUCAUAACAACAACAACAACAACAACACUAGACAACCGCAUUCACAGAGAGAACACAGUGAAGCCACGAGGAGAUGUACACAUUCCUCAUUACGAGAACAAUCUGUUCGACUGGGACUUUGACGUUGAGCUGGGAAACACGACGGAGUUACUGCGCGAUGAUCCAGCCGCCGCUGUUGUCAGCUGCUCAUUUGAUGAGGGUCUCUGUGUUUGGAUGACGGACUCAGAAGGAGAUCUGAAAUGGGAAAUCAAAGAGGAUCCGGCCGGUGGGCGGUACCUGUCAGUACCUGAUGCUCCGAACAGACGGAGUGUCAAAGGGGCGAGGCUUACGGUGCUGCUGGCUCCUCCCACAAAGGCGUGGCAGGGCGGCGACCUCUGCCUUUCAUUUAAAUACCGUCUCCAUGGACACCACAUCGGCUCUCUGCAGGUGUUUGUCAGAAAGGGGCGGAGUCACAACCCAUCCAUCUGGACCAGGACUGGAGGACACGGCUGGAGACACGCCCACGUCACUCUUUGGGGGCGUGGCCUUGUUGAUAUUGUGCUGAAGGCAGAGAGACGGCGAGGGAAACAUGGAGAAAUCUCUGUGGAUGAUUUUAGUCUGAGACGAGGAGCCUGCAGUGAUGAACAGGACAGGACAGAGUGACACACACACACACACACACACACACACACACACACACACAGAUUGUGUGUAAUGAAACGCUCUUGCAGAAGUGGACAGGUCAACAUUCAUAUGCAUGAGGACAUCCACAGCUUUAUUUGCUGUUUUAUGACCAAGAAUUUGCAGAUUUGUGCAGAAUUAUUCAUAUUUAUUAAAUAUUAUUAGUCAUUCUGCUUUCAUAUUACAAUAAGAAUGUUGUAACUAUCAAUUACAUUUAACAUAAUUGACACAAAUACUAUUAUUUUAUUUUCGUGUGAAAAUAUGUCCAGGUCACAUUUCAGAGAAAAGAUAUACAUUUUCCAUUAAAGUGACAUUAUUAGGAUUAUAGCAGGAUUUCUGUAUAUUGUCUAUUUCAAUGCACUCAGACUUUUGAGCUAC